AUGCAUGCCGAGUCUGUCGUUGAAACGCAAUCCGAGUUCGCGCCUUCAUUUGACCAACACCAUCACCACCAUUGGACUGAACACCGGUCGGCUGGUGCUGCAAUUACUACUCGUGCUUCGACUUCGCCCACGGCUACCGCUUCGCAACCUCGGCUACAAGUACAAGUACCCAUGAGCGGCGGCAGCAGCGGCGCCGGAACACUGUCGCACUAUCCGCCCGUCGUGCACUACAACCCUCAUCUCCCAUCCUCGUACCCGGAUCGGCCGUUUGCAUCUUCAUCUCCAACAGACUCGUCGCCGAGUGGGAGUCCCUUUCACCCGGAUCAUCGCACACUAGCCCGCAUCUCGACCACGACUCGUCCACUCUUCCUGGCGCAGCACUCGACGCCCCUUACUCCCACAAAUCUCGAAUCCCUCUCGCUCGCUUCCCCCGUCGUCACCGCACAACCACCACCAGCCCCCCACGCCUUCGUCGACAAGAUCGUCGCCCAUCCACCUCCACCUCCACCAAUGGCUUACGUAUCGCCCCACCACGCGCAUUACUCGUUCCCGACCGUCUAUAAUCCUCACGAGGUCGGGGCACACCGACACCAGCUCCAGGGCAGCGGAUACGCCUAUUACCCACAUCCGUACGAUUACUCGACGGAUAGCUAUCGUAUGAACCCAGGCCAAACUAGUGGCGUCGUCGACGAGUCGCAGCCGUCGUCGUCGUACGAGACACCGCCGCUCGUCCUUGGCCAUUUUACACCGACGAGUCAGGUCCCUUCUGGAGGAGGCGGAGUCUGGUCACCAGUAGAAUCGCCACACUAUGGUCCAGGAGCCCCUGGACAGGUUGGCCAUCAUUCGCAUCGACCUCCGAUCCAAACGCAACUACUCCUCGCUAACGCUAUGCCAAUCACCACAGAUAUUGUUUCACCGACUCAUGGCUCUAUGGAAGGCUCGGUCGCCGCGUCGGCUUCUUUUGUACCAGGAAUGGUUAGACAGUAUGGUAAUCCCACAACUUCAGCAACCGCUCAUGGUAGCGGCGGGUAUGCAAGUCAGGGUUUGUAUCUAUUUUCUCCCCUGUCGAAACCACCUAGGCAGUACGCUCACGGCUUCUCCCACCCAUUAGCGACCAUCGCCUCUUCACAGCCUUUGAACCAAGGCGAGGGGAUCACGAUCCCUGUGCAGAAUCAGAGUUCAUCAUUUACGCCUGUCGGGGUACCAGUAUCAACCUCGACUAUGGGGCCCAUCAUGGGAACACAGACAGAGCAACAAAUCGUAAAGACGGAGCAACAAGCGACACACGAGGGAGAGGUUGAAGGUCAACAAUAUGCCCAAGUUGAGCAAAAUCAAAGUGUGCAGCAACAAAUGGACGGAAACGUCCCACGGUCCUCCCCCGAUGGACCGGAGGUGCCACGAUCCAUUGACCCCGCCCGCGAGCUUGUUUCGACCGACAAAAUUGACGAGCCGCCUCGAGAUGAACGGCAUUCGACCCAAGGCGAGACCACGUCUGCUGGACAAAAGACAGAGUUGAAUGGAGAUUCUGUACACAAUGUCGGCGCACCGAUGGGUUCAUCCUCCCAGCACGCACCCCAGCCGACAGACAAAAGUAUAGAUGUGGAGACGCGAUACACGGACGUGGCGGUAGCCCAGCCCACAGCACUAGUGUCGAGGGACGAGAAUGAGCGCUUUGACAGGAAUCAAGUCGAUGCCUGCCGUGACGAGCGUGCGAACGUUGUGAGCCGAGGCGCGGACAAUUCAACAGAAGACGCUUUCAAUAGCCAAGACUCCACUCUUAAAGCUCAGACAGCCAACCAGAGCGGCAGCACCCACCACUCAUCCACGACCGACCCGCACGACCCUUCUUCCCUCGGCCACGACACCAGGCAUACUCUACCGGACGCUGGCGUCGCACCUACUGCCCACGUCAACUCUAUACACACGACUGGUAUCUCCACUCACGUCGACAUCGACCACUCGUACUCUGUUCCACUUCAGACACCUGCAACGCCCCAUCACGAUAUGCAGGCCAUUUCCUCUGCGCCGUUUCAUCAUCCGUUUAAUAAUCAUACAUCUCACGUCUCUGGCUACUCGUACGAGCCAGCGCCGACGUUUAUUCCGUCGACCUCCUUUAAUCCUCACCUGCCGAAUAUGUCGCCUCGACCCGAAUGGCGACGUGGUUCGCAUCCAGAGUAUGGCACUUCCCAAUCCAAUCGAGGAAGUCCGUUGCUGCCACGGGACGAUAUUCGCAUCCAGCAGCAGCAUCAGCAGCAUCAGCAGCACCUCGCGCGUUCCGUGUCGCCUGCCCCUGCUCAAACUUUGGUGCACCGACACUCGCUCCCGACCUCUUCGCUCUCGCAUAAUCUCGGCUCAAUGUCAACGAGAGUCAGUCCUCACUCGUCGCCGUCACUCCAAGGCGGCGCGGCAUCGUCGGUAUACUACAAUACAUCUGCACGACUCGUCCCAGCUGCCUUCAACGGCUCGCCACCAAAUGGAUCUGGUUCUUCUGGCUCGUCGACCCCUCCAAUAGUUCCACAGGACUCGUCGUCUUCCAUGGCCCUGUAUCAGCCCGUGGUCCCUGGGCCGUCUGCUCCUGCGCACUUUCAUGUCACCACCCCGAGCACAUUUGACAGUUCGCUCGAUCAACGGCCGCCCUAUGAGCCAGCCUUUUCCGCUUUUCACGGCCCAUCAAGCGCCCCCCAGCAGGCGUAUGGCGUGCGUGCCGGAGAUCCGGUUUACUAUCCACCACCAGGCCAGUAUCCCGGAGAGGUCAACUACCCGUCAACGACACCUGGUCCGCGCCAUUUUGAUCCACUUGCACGGCGCACUUCGACAAGCCCGGCACCACCCAUGAUCGCCGGCCUCAAGCGUACUCGCGAAGAGGAGUGGGCAGCGGAUGCUGCUGAACGCGAGGCGCAGAGGCGACGCCUGUCAUCAUAUUCCCAAACUGGACAAGCGAUGCAUUCUGUCCAUUUUACAUAUCCAUCCUCUCCAUCGCUUGCCACGCCGGAAAUGGGUGUGAUUCGUGUCGAAAGUUCUCAGGGACAUGGGCCUACGCUCAAGGAAAUGGGCAUCAGAGACGCUGUGAGCGAGUCCCUCCAUGGCGGUUCUGCGUAUAUGAAGCGGCCAGAUGGAUUUUCGCGCGAUGGCCCGGAGACGAGCUAUUCGUUCAUUUCGCUACCGGGCAAUACGAUCCGUAAGCGCCCGAGGCGGAAAUUUGAGGAAAUUACGCGCAAUUAUGUGUGCAACUGGCCGGAUUGUACAAAGGCGUACGGCACGCUCAACCAUUUGAAUGCCCACGUUACCAUGCAAAAACAUGGUCCGAAGCGAACUCCUGCCGAGUUCAAAGAGCUUCGCAAGAUUUGGCGCAAGCAGAAACGCGAACAGCAUCAGCAGCAUCAAGGUCCUUCUCACGCAGUCGCCACUGCCGUACACCGAGCUUCUUCAGAGCUUCCGGCAGACGACGACGGAGGCGAUGAUGACGACACUGGCUCUCUCUACGGCCCCUGA